AUGAUCCCACUAUUGCCUUCCUCAUAUCUUCAAAUCCACUCUACUACUCUAUCAACGUAUGUGACAGGCAACAAGCAACCCUCAUUAACCCGGAUGUUCAAAGCAAUUGUAAGACGUUCAGGACUUGGAGUUUCCACCAGGAGCCAUUUUCGUGCGCUCGCCACCGGACAACCAAGCAGCGAAAUUCGGUUGACAUUCUUCACCAAGGAAAACUGUAUGCUCUGCGCCAAGGCAAAGGCCGUUUUGGAUGAGGUUCUGCAAGAUCCUUUGAUUGGAGAGAAGCCUUGGACCAGAAAUAUCAACCUCGAGAUGGUCGACAUUGAAAGUCCGUCGAACAAAAACUGGUUUGACUGUUAUAGGUAUGACAUUCCGGUUCUGCACAUUGAUAGGGACAUCCAAACAAAGCCUGUUAAAUUCAUGCAUUCGUUGUCUAAAAGCGAAUUGCUAGAGGAGCUGACAGAACAGGUGUAG